AUGGAUAACCAACUCAACAAGUCAAGAGCUGAGUUGAAUAUGUGUAACUUACAAUUGGAAAGAGUCGAUACCAAUUUGAGAAUGAUUAAUCAAACUAGUAAUAAGUUAAAUAAAGUAUGUGGUGAUAAUGAGACUGUAUGGCAAGGAAUAGGUAGAACUUUCGUACAAACUGAUGUGGGCAGUUAUGUUGGAGAGAUACUGAAGGAUAAGGUUGAAUUUGAAGAUAGUAAGAAAUCAUUAUUGACAAAGAAGAAUUAUAUAGAGACGACAUUAGAGAAGACGGUUGAGAAUAUGACUAGAUUAGUUGGAAAGAAUUAA